UUCCCAUUAAUAUUGUAAUAUUGUGCACAUUUUUUCUCUUGACUUAAAAGGCAAACUACAAAAUGUUAUUAUUUUAUAGGUUUAACCCGAGUCCAUGUUUAAAAGAGUAGGUGGUGUGAUGCCAUGUCCAGAGCCAUCGACUUCAAGCAUGGAGCGGAGAAAGAAAAUGUUUCCAUCAGAGGCACAAAAAGAAAAAAGUAGAACGUUAUAAAUCAGAUACAACUGGUGGAAACGAAUCUGCAAACACACCUUUGCCGGCAGGAGAUCUAUACACGACAGCCGCCGUGAUGAGAUGGUGAUUUCAAUAUACAUUUCCAGACUUCACCAAGCUGUGCUGUGGACAGUAAGAUUGAUCAUCCAGACAGCUGCACCCGUCCCUGGAUUUGGAAAGAACAGAGAAUUUGAGAUGGGUACAGAACGCUGGAUCAAGUCUGUGAUCAGAGGCAUCGUGUGCCUGGCUGGAAUCGUCAGUAACAACCGGCUGUGCUUUCGCUCCCUGCCGAAAUCCCUUUCGUUUUUUUCACAAGCUUUCACUUUUCUUUUUUUUUUUCUUUCCCCUCUCUUUCUCCAUUUUAUUUACCAUCUCUGGUCUGAGUAGCGAACCAACAUGGCUUGUUUCGAUGACAAACAAUGGUUUGGGUUUGUUUUAGGAUUCAUAAUUUGUACGGAUGAUCUGCUUUUAUCUUCAUCAGACAGAACUGUAGCCUUUCCUGAGGAUGCUAGCAGACCCCCGAGGCUGUUUAGAUCCUGCGAAAGAAGCCGCAAGAACCCUCCCCUCCGUCCAUCAGAGACAGGUGCUCUGAGGUUGCCGUGUGUGCACGUGUGUGUGCGUGUGCGUGCGAGACAGAUCUGGCUCAGCAAAAUGUUUACAUGCAGCCAAAACAUCUGGUUUCCAAGUCGAACUGUAGUGUUUAGCGAACUCCUUGCACAGUAAUGCAUUUCUCUUUAAAAUAAUAAUAAUAAUAAUAAUAAUAAUAAUAAUUUUUUCUGCUUCUUAACAUUUAAUAAAAAUAUACCCCAAAAGCUUAUUUUCAGUUUAUUGCUAAUUUUUGUGGGCAAAUAAAUAAAUAAAUAAAUAAAUAAAUAAAUAAAUAGCCCCUUACCCUAUAUGGUCUAUAUGAGUUUUACUUAAGCAUGUUAUUAUAUAUUGUUAUGCUGUUAUAAUAUUAUAGAAUUGUAUUUCCACUGGAGGAAAUAAAGCUGCUCGAACAUUAAUUAUGAAAUGAUCAUACCUCGUAGUGACCUUAUAUUCCACGUGUAUCAUUUCUUUCCCCCAUAAUUCUCCUUUAAACAUUUUUCCUGCUGCUGUCUUAGCAAAGAACUGAUUUAUUAAUCAUGCACAGAAUCAUAAACCAUUAUUUCAUAGUCCGAGUCAUAAACCUGCCUAAAAAAACUCACCCGGGAAAAAAAGCACGGCCCGAGAUCUGUAUUUCCGUCGUCGUGGUAACAGUUCGGGGAGGAAUCACAUACCGUAUGGGUGUGAGAUAAUCAGGUGUCCGCAUACGCACUUUAGUAAUACUGUACCGAGUACGAUCGAUACGCCGGUCGCAAAAUUAAAAUAGACUGCCCGCUCAUUUUUGUUUGUUGACAAUGGAAACAAAUCGGUAGAACACACACAUUUGCCUACGUUUGCAGCCGGUAGGACGAGCUCUGAACGCCAAAACCACAGCGAUGCGAUGAGGUGUCUGGUGAGAUCAGUAUAAAUUACAGGCGUCACCGAACUGUGCUUUAGAAAGUAACAGCACCCGUCCCUGGAUUUGGAAAGAACAGAGAAUUUGAGAUGGAUACAGAACACUGGAUCAAGACUGUGAUCAGAAGCAUCGUGUGCCUGACCGGAAUCGUCGGUAACAACUGGCUGUGCUUUACCUCCCUGCCGAAAUCCCUUUCUCAGCUCCGCACUACCGACGUCCUGUUUGUAAACUUGGCCGUAUCCAAUCUGAUCACCAAUUACAUGGUGGACAUCCCGGACAUUCUCCAAACCGAUCAGUAUUUAACUUUGGGAAAGGUGUACUGCGGCUUUCAUUUCUUCCUGCCCGAAUUCUCAGAGACCAGCAGCAUCAUGAGCACCACCUUCAUCACUGCGUACUGGCACCAGAAGCUCGUGGGCUCCCUGAAGAACGGAGGAGCUCCCGUGCGCAUGGACAACCUCCGCCUCAUCGCCAUGCUGCUGACAGGAAGCUGGACCUUCGCGCUUGUCCUGCACCUGCCUCAUUUCUUCUUCAUCGUCGACAACGGUGAGAACGCGACUACCGCGGAAUGCCAGGAAGAGUUUUCUUCGCCGGAAGCCGAGCAGGCCUACAAGGCGGUCUACGUCGCACUCGCCAACGUGAUCCCGCUUACCUGGGUCCUUUACGCGAGCAUCCAGAUCGCGAUCACGCUGCUGCAGAACGAAAAGCGGAUGAAGAAAACGAGCGUGACGGUCCGAAACGUAGGAGACGCCUCGGCCGAGAAAAGCGGAGACGACACUGAUGACGGAUCGGCGGUUACCAAGUCCAAGUCACAAGCCAAAACGGGGAGCCUGGUGAGGGCCGCCAAGAGUGUGCUGGCAGUGGCCGUCUUAUUCUUAACGUGCUGGGCGAUUCAUCUCAUCGUCAGCGUCCUCAUUUCCGUCGUGCACUCUACCGUCAUCGAGGACAUCGAAAGCUUUGUAGGAGCAUCCUAUACGUGCACCAUCCCUUAUAUUUACCUGUACGGUGUGCAAAAGCUGACCUGCUCCCGAGGUUAAGGACAUGUCAUGAGGUAGUAUGAGUGAGGAGUAAUUCAGCAAGCUGUGAUGUCAUGCUGUACGUGAAGGAUUUAGACUCCUCACACAACAUUAAAGAUAAAUAAAUGAACGAAUGAAGAGAGAUUGAGAGUAUAUAACUAAAUCACUCUAUAUUAUAUUAUCUAUAUAUAUAUAUAUAUCCAUCUACAUUUGCAUUCUGUUAAUAAUCUAUUGCUAACCAAAAUGAGUUUCUGUGUAAUGGUAAAUGGUGUAAUCAUAAUGAACAAUUAAAUGGGAAAACGUAUUCCUUUUGAAAACUGAUUUUUGCAGUGUUUUUCCCUUCACCAAGACACUCGUAAUAAAAAUCAACCUAACUUCAACGAAAUAAAACGCCGCAGGGCAGAUCCACAAACACACAAGAAAGAAACCACAAUGAGCAGAACAUGUUGGACCUAGAGAUACACCGUCGACGGAAGAACCACAACAAAAUUAUUAACAAAAUAAGCCUGAUGGUUGUGCUGUAUACAUUCAUAGAGAGA